UCAUGUCCGUCGGUGUAGACAGGCCGAUCAAUGUAGGCAGAAGUCGUGUGUACCGGAGGUUCAUGUCCUUGCUUGUUUGAUUUUUCCAUAACGUGGGUUAAAAACUCACUUGGUAUUCGGUGUAGGUCACUGUUUUCUUAUCAGUCGAUUUGACUUUAAAACACAGUCCAUCAUGCCUCUUCUUAAACAGUCCCCCAAAUUCUGGGAAGCCCUGAAACUGAAGCAAGGCAUCUAUGCUCGUCUCCCUAAACACUACCUCAAGUCCCUCGAGAAGAAGGAGCCCACCCCUGUCCACUGGAGACCCCUGGGAGUUCAGUACCGAGCCAACCCAAAGACUGGGCACAAGGAACGGGUUCAGGAUGUCCCUAUUCCCAUCUAUUACCCUCCACAUUCCCAGGACGGCCUGUGGGGUGGAGAGGGCUGGAUAAGUGGCUACAGAUACGCCAACAAUGACAAACUGUCCAAUCGCAUGAGGAAGACCUGGAAACCACAGGUGUUAAAACGAGAGCUGUACAGCGAAAUCCUUGAUCAUAAGUUCACCAUCCCUGUCACAGCCCGCACUCUGGACCUCAUUGAUGCUCUCUAUGGCUUCGACUUUUACAUUCUCAAAACAUCAAAGGAAGACCUGAACUCCAAGCUAGGGAUGGACCUCAAGAGGGCCAUGUUGCUUCGAUUGGCACGCAAAGACACAGAGCUUUACCCCAAUGACCCUGUCAAGAGAGAGAAGGUGUACAACAAAUACAAGCGGUUUGAGAUCCCAGAGGAGGAGGCAGAGUGGGUGGGUCUGAGUCUGGAGGAAGCUGUGGAGAAACAGAGGCAGCUGGAGCACAAGGAGCCUGAGCCCCUGUUUAAAGCCUGUGUUGACAAGCUGGCGGAGGAGCUGCGCCUCCAAAAACUCUCAGAGCCACACAUCACAAAGAAGGAGUGACAACCACAAACCAUCUGAGUGGGACAGAUGCAGCUUUUCAGACUGAAAAAUUAAGUAGGUUGAACGAUCAAGCUUCUCCAGGUGGUGGUGGGAUUUUGAUUCACCAAUUUUCUGCUCCUGAAACAUUUUCAGCACUGAGUGCUCACCUUGGAGAACUUCCUGAAGUUUCAACUUACCUUUCCAUCUGGGAGUGACACAAAGGACAAGGUUGUGUUGAACUAAUGCGUAUUUAUUUCAGUUCUCUUUUUCCUGUUUGUAUUUAAGACCCAUGCAAGAGACAUUUAGGAAUUAAGGCAAAAGCCUCCAUUAGUGUAAACACAGCUGAGAUAUAAGGCCCUUGUAUGGGAUUUCUAAAAAUAAAAUAAAAAACCCUGUUUCUUAAACCUUGUUUCUGCUCCUCUGUUCUCCAAUAAUUAUUAAAUCAGCUUAAUUAUAAAAUUGAUUGGUUCACUGCAUGAGGUGAGAUGUAAGCAAAAACAGCUUUAAGGAACAGUUUGACAUUUUGGUUAAUAUACUUACUCACUCUGAUGUUUGCAUGGUAAAUAUGUAGCUGGAGCCAGCAGCUUGUUAGCUUAGCGUAGUUUAGCAUAAAGACGAUAAAUAGGGCGACAGAGCAGUUUAAUCUAUAGAAAUUUUAAAAAAAUAAGGAUUUCUACUACUUUUAGUCUUAUGUGAUAGUAAAAUGAAAGUCUCUGAAUUGUAGACUGUUUGAUGACAUCCCCUUAGCUUUGGGAAACUUUGAUUUAUUUACUCUUGUAUUUUAUAGACCAAUCGAUUAAUGAAGAAAAUAAUGAACAGAUUAAUCGAUAAUGAAAAUAUUCAGUUGCAGGCCUAGAUCAAACUACCCAAAAGUAUUUAAAGUGGUUAAAAUGAGCUCCUUAUUGAAUGGCUACAAUAACAAUGAAUGUUGCUUUUAUGUUAACACCUCAGCAAUAGUAAUAAGAUUAUACAGGAUGCAAUAAUGCAAUAAGCUGUAAUAGAUAACGAGAUAGAUACUUUAUUUAUCCCCUAGGGGAAAUUCAUGUGUCCAUUAAUACUGCAUAAUGAGUAUUUUUACUUUUGAUACUUUAAUUAAAAGUUUUGUAGCAUUAGUAUUUUCCAUCAGCUCUCAGCAACAAGAGAAUGAGAGUAUAUCCCAGGAUGUCAAACUCAGUACAAGCUGAAUAUGCGUUUUACUACCGUUAUGGGGAUGUGAAACCAGGGCUUUUUAUUUCUGUGUUUGCCCAUUAGAUGGAACCAAAAUGCUUAAAAUGAAAAGAACGUAAAGUCGCCAUUUGCGUGUGGAGAGAUGAUAGAGCCAUCUGUGUCUCUCUUCAAAUCAAGUUAUAUCUAAUGAACUUCAGAAAUUAAUCAGGCUCAUCUAUAAAAACCCUGAUGCCAUAUGUUAACCUCCAAACAGCAGUUAAAUGUGUUAUAUCUCUGUAAUCUUUGACACUAUUGUUUAUUUCUCAGCAUUUCCUGGUCAGAGACGUUGGGUAGUACUACUAUCAAAACAAACAGUGUCGUAAUAAACCACACAUCUGCCCUAAUGGAGCAAAGACCCUUAUAUGGUGCUUGAGUUGACAAAUGGAAAAAAAGACAAAAAAUAAGGUUAUGAAAACAUAAAAAAAACGUUUCUUCCCUGGUUUCGCUUUCAGCACUUCUGGCCUGAUCUGUGUCAGUUAUAUUGGUGUUUUGUCACCUUGUGGUUGUAGCGUACUAUUAUGGUAAGAUGGGGAGUCCCUACUGGGGACUCCCGUGGGUGUUGUAACCUCGGCAACAGAGAUAUAAAUGAUACUUGGCACCUGUAAACAGAAAAAUUCACUCCUCAUAUAGAUACAGCUGCAGUCUGGAAUUACCCUUUCAUAUUGUGCACAUGAUCAAAGUUGUCCAUAUUAACAAAACAAACUCCGAAACUGACACACCAAGAGCCAAAUUUGGUCUUUUUCUUUUUUUCUCCUUUUUUGGCAGACAGAUGACAGAGGAACAUCUGGCUGGUUCAUCCUCAACCCACCGAGCUAAAUGAGGCUUGUGAAAGCUGAUGAUGUUCAACUGCAUUUUUUAAAUUUAAAAUCAGGCUACGAGGAUCAAUUAGGAAAUAAAAUAUGAUUAGUUUAUGUGAAACUGGCAUCCACGACCGUGACUUGUUCUGCAUCUUUUCUUUCCCAUCCCUGUUUGUCUUUACUUGUGUAAAUAUUUAUUAUGGUAGGCGACUCUUUACAGAUUCCCUUUCUAGUCCACCUUUAUUAUCCACAAAUAUUGUUUUUUUUGUUGUAAUGUUACUGUCAGGUAAACUUUGAAAGGGGCACAAUAAGUUAUACAAAGGUUCCUUGACUUACAGAUACCCGUAGAAACACUGUACAUUAAAAAAAAAAAAAAAGUAGAUUUUUACUCACAGCCCCAUUCCACCACUUUGGUCCAGAUUGAAAUGUUUUAACAAUUAUUGGAUGGAUUGAAAUGGAAAGAUGAAAUCUGGCACAGACAUUCAUGUUUUCCAGAGGAAAAAUCUAAUGACUUUGGUGAUCCUUGACUUUUUCUCUGCGCCACCAUGAGGUUCACAUUUGUUGUUUUGAGUGAAAUAUCUCAAAAUCUUUUGGAUGGAUUGCCAUUAAACUUGGUAUAGUCAUUCAUUGUCA